AUGGCAGGGAGACACCCCAGCCGCCCUGCAGCAGUGUGGGGUGAGGAUGAGGACCAUCCCCCCAGCCACCCCAUGGAGGCCUGGGUCAAGGAGGAGGCCAGACCCCCCAGACGCCCAAAAGAGGCUUGGGUUGACGAUAUGGAGAGACGCCCUGGCAUCUCCAUGAGAACUGGGGUCAAGGAGGAGGAUGGACCCCCAAGCUGCCCCAUGGAGGCCUGUGAGGAGGCUGAGCAGGCAGAUGUGGUCCUUAUGGCCAUCGAGGGCUUGAAGGACAGCAGUGCCUACAACACCUCAGCGGCAACACAUGUGCUCGAGGAUAUGAUGGGAUACUGCGCUGCCAGGCCAGAACACUUGCAGCUGACUGUGGCACAUAUCUAUGAGCACCUGCCAGGCAUCAGUGAGGCCGCAGCCCGGGACAUGCUCAAGACCUUCCUUCUCCUCCUGACAUGCCACUACCCCAGCGAGGUGGUCACUGGCCUGCUGAGCUGCUCCCCGACCUGUGACAGUGUUGCCGUGGCCAUGUGGGAGGUGAUGGUCUCCCAGUCUUUGACAGCGGAGAAGGUGCUGCAGGAGCUGCUCUGUGUGCUGCAGGAGCGGCCCUUCUGCAAACCGGGCACCACCAUCAAGGACCCCAGCUGCAUCCUCCCUCUGACCGCAACCCGGGCACUGAACAUCAUCCUUCUGCAGCACACGUGCAAGCAGCAGGUGAAGGCACUCUUCCCCCGCCUCUACCUGGCGCUCUUCUUCCAGCUGUCCUUUACCAUCGUCUGUGCGCAAGAGGACAUCCCUGCCUUCAGCCGCGAGGGCAAACUCAUGCCUCACAGGCCUGCCAGGGUGGUGGUGCAAGCCAUGCAGGCGUUGUUGUGCUGCAGUGGCUAUAGGGAGCAGGUCACUGCCAUGCAGCAGCGAGGUGGCUGGGACAUGAUCAGCCAGCCUGAGACUCACCUCACAGGGGUUACCUUGCUGGCCAGGCAGAUGCAGGGCAACCCCCUGGAGGAGCGCGCUGAGGUCUUCCUGAACCUGAGCGUGGCCCUGAGGGGCAAGGACAGGUGCCAGGAGACCCCUUCUAUGGCCUUCUUCAUCGAGCUGCUGCAGUGCCCUGAUCUGUGCGCGGCAGAUGACGAGGUGGCACUGAGCCUCUGCCAGGAGCAGCUGGGCAACGAGCGCCGAGUCAUGCGCUGGCUGGCGCUCCGCGGCCUCCUCUUCCUCUCUGAGAGACCCGCCACAGCAAGGAAGAUGCAGAAGCUGAUCCCGGACGUGGUGAAGCAGCUGCAGGACGCUGAUGGGGAGACAGAUGCCAAAGCGCUGGUGGUGCUGAGUAACGUGCUGCACCACAUCACCCCAUCGCAAAGCAGCCACUUCGCUGUGCAGCUGGCCCAUGACCUUCUGUCCCUCUUCUCCAGUGAGGUCAGAGCGGUGCGGGAGCUGGCCAUGCAGCUCUUUGGGGAGCUGCUGAGCCGGGCAGCAGGCAGCGAGAGGCAGCAGAUGAAGCAGGUGGCACGCCAGGGACUGCUGCCCCUCUUCCUGCAUCUGAGUGACCCACACCCCGGGGUGGCACAGGUGGCCCAGGCAGCCCUCGUGGACGCUGCAAAGCUCCUGCACUGGAAGCAGCUCCGGAAGCUGGCCGAGAGAGCACAGAUCUGGUACAUUGGCGAGUACCUGGUGCGGAAUGCCGGGCCGGUAGCCAGCGAGUAUGUGAGCUGCAGCUGCCGGUACCUGGAGGAUCCCCGGACUCCCCUGCGGGAGCAGGCGGCAUACUUCCUCGGGCUUGCUGGGCGGCUCCUGGACUGGCACGGGGAGAACCUGGAGGAGAUGUGCAGCCUACUUCAGCGCUUGGAGAAUGACAGCAGCCCCACAGUCCGCUUCCUGGCAACAUACACAACCUUUGCCCUCCGAGAGCCCAGGAAAGCAUCCCCGUCAGGCUUCACCAUCCGAGCCCUGCUCGCUCGCCUGCGGAGAGUCUGGCAGUGGUGGCACCAAGGCUGA